AUGUAUCGUAUUAUGGGCAUAGUUGCGGCCGAUUCGCAAGCGCCUUCGCUGGACCUAUCAAUUCCUGAGAACUGGGAUAGCUCUGAGGGGGAGAUUGAGCCGGAAACAGACCAAACUGGCCUGAAUCGUCCGAAAAUCGCUGCUUCUUCGAGGCGCCUUCACAAAAAAUCGUAUAACUCUCAAUUGCCUCCAGAAGUGCCCCUUCUCAGUUCUCAACCGGUCAGCCCGUCUGCCUCUUCCUCAGAGUCCAGAUUUGCAUCAAGAUCAGUGUCUGGCUCCGGAUUAGACAUUGGCCAGAAAACGCUUGAGACCCACACCAACGGCGUCUAG